AAGUUCCGAAACCAUGCCAAUAAUAAAGAGAAUGAAGAGAUUCGAGAGCUCACGGCCUUGGUAUCAGGCAGUGAUCGCAUCAUCGACACUUUGACGCGUGCUUUUGACAAGCACUAUGGGGAUGGCGAGUCGCCAGCAGACAUUUGGAUCGCAUUUAUAGAGGUCUCACCUGCUAUAAAUGAAAAUACUACCCGGAUCCAUUCCGCAAAAGAGUUGGCAGAAAAAUGCGGACUUCCGGAACCCAAUAAAUUCUCUUACGAGGUCGUUUUCGAGUGGGCUAUACCCGAGAAGUAUGUAGUAUACGAGGUCUCGUUGCAGACCUUAAUGGAGCGUAGGCUUCAAGAGCGUCGCAUUUUACUACCGUCCACUGCGGAAGUACGACGCUAUAUCGCGAAAGAACUCCAACAACAAAGCCCCUGGGAAAUCGGCGUUACCCUAGGUUUCUUUGUACGAAAGUUUGGAGCCAGAGCACCCCUGGACUGGAUCUCUCACCAGCUUUUCCGUAAUUAUAUACAGGCGAAGAUUCUGAAUGACGACGUGGUUAGGCUGAAUUAUAUACAUGAGCAUACCGAUUAUGCGCCUUGGUAUACGGAAAUAGUUGACUUCCAAUUCUUUUGCGACUUGGAUAAUGGGAUCGGGACUGCUUUAUACGAUUGGUGGCUUUUAGAUAUUGACUUUUUCCUAGAUUGCGAAGAAUUCAGGGAAUGGCGAGAUAUAAUGGAAGAUAGCAUGACUUGGAAUCUGAUUGAGUUCUGGGAAACUUGGUACGAUGUCAAUGGUAAUGGAGCAGUCAGAGAGCUUUCUGCGAAGGAAAGGUUAUCAUAUAAUGAGGAGAAGAAGAAAUUGUUGGUUGAGUAUGAGAAGAAGAGGGCAGAUAUUAAAGCAGAAGCUAUAAAGAUAGGUUUAUGA